AUGGGCAUGUUGGGGUGGCGCAAGUGGCCGGGCAACUCGGUGUUCAUGUGCUCGGGACGGCUUGUGCGUGGGCCGACAGGGAGCGGGUCGGCAGGCAUGACGCUCGGCGCCAUGGCUCUGCCCAACAUCCUGUUCUGGGCCAUGAUCGCCCCGCUCGUCCCGCGGGCGCUUGGCCAACUCGCGGGCUGGCUUAUUCUAGGCUCGACUGCAUAUUUGCUGGUCCUCUCGCUCACGCUGCUCGCCAAGACUGCGCUGGUCGACCCUGGUAUCAUCCCGCCACAUCGCGGCGUCUUUCUCGAGCUCGCCGACGAUCCCGACCUCCCUGCGUACGAGCUCGGCAAGCACGCGCCCGACGUUGUCGAGAGCACGAGCGAGCAGGAGGAGGCCGACGACGCGGAGCGGCGGGAGCGGCGGGAGCGGCGCAAGCGUGAGGCGCAGGCUGCCGACGAGGCGGGCGAUGAGCGGAUGAGCCACCAGCUGGUAGUCGGGCGCAAUGGCGCCAAGAUCGAGGUCAAGUACUGCCGGACGUGCAAGGUGUACCGCCCGCCGCGGGCCUCGCACUGCGCCGAGUGUGACAAUUGCGUCCGCAAGUUUGACCACCACUGCCCAUGGAUGGGCACCUGCAUCGGCGAGCGCAACUACAAGUACUUUGUGGGCUUUCUCAUCGUCACCUCGCUCCUGGCACUAGAGGUGCUGGGUGCGACGGUGAUGACCUGGGUGCGGCUUGAGACUGCGGAUGUGACGCCGGUCUUUGUCGGCGGCGCUGUGACCACUAUUGUGUACGUGGUGGUCAUCGGGUGCUGCCUUCCCAUGCUCUGCUGCUACCACGUCUCGAUUCUCUCGCGCAAUGUGACCACCCACGAGGACAUCCGCAACACUUUUAUGGUCCAGGCCAACCCGUUCGACUACGGCUGCGUCCGCAACUGGCUUGUCCCGUGCUGCGUCUUUCCAGCCUCGGCGCUCAGCGAGGUGUGA